AUGCCCUCGUCGCUGCGAGCGAUGUGGCGGUUCCUUGCUUUGUUGCUGGCAGCACCACACUUGGAGGUGUGGGCAGCUGUCAGCAAAGAUGCGAUUGCCAGCGUGCAGUGCCAAGUUUGCGAGAUCGCUGUCGAGGAGGCGGUUAUCUUCUCGAAGGAGUCCAAGAUCACCGGCGAGGAUGAGCUUGCAGACAUGGUGGACGGCUUAUGUUCCGUCAAGAAGAAAGAGGGGCGAUGGGUGGCUAGGUUGGACCUCAUCCAAGAGGACCCAGGCGGCCCGCUGUCCGUGGAGAAGCAGGACCUCAUCGGCCAGUGUCGAAGCGAGUGCACCAUCGUCCAGAGGGCCUGCCAGGCUUCCUUGCGAGGCAAGGAGGACUCCCUGGCUUCGAUGCUGCAGAGCGGGGCCAGUAGCAAGAAGAUCAAGGACAAGGUCUGCAAGAAGACCUGUGGGAAGAAGCGGCCGAAGCUGCCGGAGUGGAAGGAUGAGCCUUUCGAGCCCAGAGAUCAGAAGGAGGUGGAGACGGAGGACAUGAUCGCGAAGAUGAAAGCAGAGACCGGGAUGGGCAUGAAGAUGUACAAGCGGGAGGACCUCAUGGGGAUGUCCGAAGGCGACAUGGAAACUAUGGCAGCGCGAGAGGCGUCUCUCCACCCAGACCGCAACCGCAGAGUCUUAGAGUUUCAAUCCAGAGCUUCUGACAGUCCAGCAGCUGCCGCGAGACGAGCGAAGAAGUUUGGGCAUGUGGUUGGACAUGGCAAGAGCCGGUCGCAGGUUCAAGAUCAAACGAAGUACAUGGGACGGCAAAGCGAGCUCUCCGAUCUCUACGGCGGGACCCGUCUACUGCUCCCUCUGCCAACAUCUGUAUGGCGGCCCUUCUCCCUUCGACUCCGUGUUUCGGCGGGAUCUUCCCGCUCCAGACCACUCGUAUCUUCACACCAACGUUCCGUCGGAAUUUCUCGAGGAUCUCCUCCGGAAGCUCAAAGCCAGCUUCCUCAUAGAGGGUCGAGGUUGGGUUCCUUCAAGGGCGGCAGCGCCCGGCGCAUCGCCGCUGCCGCGGCGAGUUCGCUGCCUGGAGAGGGAAAGCCCUGCCUUCUCUGUGUCGACACCUUUCUUGGCGACACGGCCAUGUGGCUCGAUCACAACGGUUGGAGGCAGUGGCUGAUGAUGAAGCACGGCCUCCCCCAGCUUUACAUGCAGUUUGUGGCAAAUGUCUGGGACGUCCGGGACAUCGUCCUGCCGCUGCCCCUCUCCUCGCUCUGCGCCCUGCGUGCCCUUCAGCGGCUCACGGUCAGGGGUGACGUCCCCUUGGCGGACUUCAUUUACUUGGAUGCUGCGCACGAGAUGGGUGAAAC